AUGUCCUCGUCCAUCCCCGACUCUCAACUGGGCCUCACGCAGAGCGAAGUCCAGCUCCUCCGCCAGCACCAGCAGAUCGCCCUCUCGCACGCCGGAAGCUCCUCGUCGCGCGCCGCCUCGCACGCCUCGUCCCAGGGCCGUCUCCUGCUGGAUCCCUCCAGCCUGCAGGCGCUGAGCGCCCACUUCGACCGUCUCAUGUACUCCAUCCAGCAGCGAUGGCAAUAUCUCUCGCAGCAGACGCAGACGGCCACCCAGAUCCAAUACGACCGCGCCGGCAACGCGAUCCAGAUGGCCGACGCCGAAAUCGCCCGCUUCCGCGCCAUCCUGCGCGAAAUCGACGAGCUGCAGGUCGAGUUCGACAAGGUGCGCCGCAUUGGCGAGAUCGUCAAGGGCUUCAAGGCGCGCGUCGAGCAACUGGAGCGCCGCAUCUGA